AUGGGAGACUACAACGACGCCUUACUGCGCAACCCGAACUCCGCCGUCCAGGCCCGUGCCAAGGCUCAGAAUCGUAACAAUGUUAUGCAACUCAAGCUUAUUGGUCAAAGUCAUUCUACUGGAUUGACGCCAAAUCUUCUUAAACUAUUUGAGCCCCGGCCUCCAUUGGAAUAUAAGCCAGCACCAGAGAAAAGGAAAUGCCCCCCAUAUACGGGUAUGGCACAGUUUGUUAGUAACUUUGCCGAGCCUAGUGAUCCACAAUAUGCUCCACCUGUCCAGGAGGCCGAGACUCAUGUGCAAAGAAGAGCUAGGAUACACAAGAUGCGGCUAGAGGAAGGUGCAAAAAAGGCUGCUGAGGAGCUGGAGAAAUAUGACACAAAAAAUGAUCCAAACAUUUCUGGAGAUCCAUACAAAACGUUAUUUGUAGCUAGACUUAAUUAUGAGAUGACAGAGAGCAGAAUCAAAAGGGAGUUUGAGGCUUAUGGGCCUAUCAAGCGGGUUCGUUUGGUUACAGAUAAAGAGACAAAUAAGCCUAGAGGCUAUGCCUUCAUCGAGUAUAUGCAUACACGUGAUAUGAAAGCUGGAUACAAACAAGCUGAUGGAAAAAAGAUUGACAACAGAAGGGUUCUCGUGGACGUUGAACGUGGAAGAACUGUUCCUAAUUGGCGACCUCGCAGGCUUGGUGGUGGGCUGGGAACAACUCGGGUUGGAGGUGAAGAAGUUAACCAAAGAGAGCAAUUACAGUCUAGAGGAACAUCUAGGUCUGAGGAGCCAAGGAUACGAGAUGACCGAGAAAGGGAGAAAUCUCGUGAAAGGGUGAGGGAUGGGGAGAAAUCUCGUGAAAGGGUAAGGGACAGGGAGAAAUCCCGUGAAAGGUCUCAUGAGAUCUCUAAUGAGAAACCGAGGGACCGUGAUCAUAGAGAUGAUCGACAUCACAGAGAUCGUGAUAGAAACAGGGACAGGGACAGAUACAGGGAGAGAGAUCGUGGUCAUGAUCGGGAACGUGACCAUGACCGAGAGCUAACACGAGACCGUUAUCGUGGUCGAGACCGUGAUCGUGAUCGGGAACGUCGUGACCAUGAUCGUCACAGUGAGAAGGAGAGGGACAGGGAUUUUGAAGAUGGUGAUGACCUUGAUCGAGGGCAUUCCCGUGAUAGAGAUUAUGACUAUGGUACUGAUUCAAAACAUGAGCGAGACCGUGAUAUGAAAGAGAAAAACGAUGACCGCGCAGAAACAGAGGAUAAACAUGGGUGGCAUGAACAGACUGAGUACAGAUAUGAACACCCAAAACUAGAAGCUGAUCAUGACGAUGGGCACUAUGAACACCGAAGUCGAGGACACUAUGACAAUCCAGAAGCCCCAGCGGUUUAUGACCGCUAUAAAGAAGCUGACCAUGAUCAAAUGGAUGAGGAUGAUUAUCGUUAUGUCCGAGAUACAUCUGAAUCACAAGAAAGGGACCGUGAUUACCGGCGUUGA